AUUCACAAAAAUUCCACGUGUCAUAUAUACGAGUGGAACAUUAUUGGAAAACAAAAAGUGAAAUGAGUUGAUGAAUGUGGCCGACAAGUGUCGAAGCGCUCCGGUUCUACCACACAUUUGCAUUCUCACCGGGACGACGGCGACGGCUCUUCGGAUUAUCGAUUGUUUUUGUGAUUGCCGCGUUAUGUGUGACGUCAUGCGAUGCAGAUGCAGUUCCAGCACCGUCUCCAGAAGCGGAACCAUCACUCGGUGCGGGAGCAAAUCCGUAUUUGUUGGACUCGUUGGUGAAAAGGCUUCCCAAAAAAGGCGACAAAAAGGAAAUCCUGAUCAGUUACCUGGCCGCUGUGCCCACACUAAUGGGAGAAAUUGAUCAAUACCUUCUCAAUUUAUCAGCUUCAAACUCUGCACAAAAUUCGUCUAAAGAUCGAGAAAGCUUCUCAAAAAAGCUCAAUCAAAUCGUGCACUGCCUGACAACUGAUGCUUACGUUUCUGUGGUUUCGGGAGCAUUAGUGGCGGCUAUUGUAGAGAUUAAUCAGGAUAAAGAUCUCAUUCCUGCUUAUCAGUUGAAAUAUGUCUUUGGAAAUACUUGUGGAAACGAUUCUCAUAGUACUCGCUUGUUCAUGGAGCACUGGCAAGCCGGAGCUCGCGUCUUCAUUGGUCCUGAAAAGAACUGCAAGACUGAAGCUGCGAUGGCUGCUUCACAGAACCUUCCAAUCAUCAGUUAUCGAUGCAAUGAUCAGGAUAUUUCUCGUGAUGACUACCACUAUCGAACAUUUGCACGUACUGUACCACCAGCUGGAGAGAUCUUCAAAGCCUUCAUGUCCUUGAUGAAACAAUACAACUGGCGGAAAUUUUCGGUUGUCUAUGAUGUUAAGAAGGGUCAAGUGAAGAACGAGCUUUUUGAAACAUUGAAGAGAAUGGUGGAGACUGAAAACAAAUUUGAAGAGCACAAGUUUGAAAUUAUGAAUGUUUCAAAACUCGAGUUCUCGAAAAUGGAUAUCAGUAGUCAACAGGACAUUCAAAGCAUUGAAAAUGCCAUAAAAUCGACGAUGCAGACAACGAGAAUAUACCUGACAUUCGACAACGUCCGACUCUUCCGUACAAUGUUAUCAAUUAUGGGAGAAAUGGGACUAACUCAACAGGAUUAUAUGCUCAUUUAUGUUGAUACCAACUACGACUGGCUUAACGUCUACCAUUCAAUGAAUAAUCAUUUUUUGAGAAAUACUAUGACAUACUUACAUCAUUCCUGGGAUGCUAACAAUUCAUCAGAUAGAAAAAUGCUCGAUUAUGCAAGAAGUGCUCUUUCGAUUAUUCCAACUCCAGUCAAAUUGAAUAGUCAAAGGUUUUACAAUUUUUGGAAGAAAGCCGGUGACUAUAUGCAUCAUUUUGGAGUCCAGAAAGCUGAUAAUUUGAAGGGAAAUAGAAUUGCGUGUUACCUCUACGAUGCAGUUUACUUGUAUGCGAAAGCCAUUCACGAGUUAGUCGAAGAAUAUGGUAAUGAUGAUUCUUACGAUCCGACGGCAGAUGGGAAGGCUAUUAUCGAUAGAAUUGUUAAUAAGAAAUAUCGAAGCAUCCAAGGAUUUGACAUGAGAAUUGACGAACGAGGAAACUCGAAAGGAAACUUCUCGCUUCUCAGUUGGCAAAAAGUGGCACCAAUCAUGAACAAGUCCGAUCCAUCGUAUUAUCCAUUGGACCAUGCUCUUGAUUUGACUGCUAUUUUCGUUGAAGCUCCUGAUAAGGAUAGACUACCAAAUCUGCAAUUCAAGUCCUCACGGAUUCAAUGGUUGAAAGGAGAACCACCACCGGAUGAACCUGUUUGUGGUUUCCAUGGCGAAAAUUGUCGGAAGAAGGGAAUCUUCAGUUAUCUCACAGUGGUCGUUAUGAUUCUCAUUGCAGUUUUCAGUCUUGUGCUCACUGGAUUUACUUUGAAUUACAUCCGAAGUCGCCGCUUCGAGAAAGAGUUGUCCAUGAUCUGGAAGAUUGAUCCAUAUGAAGUUCGCCGUGUUGUCGGAGGAGUGAACAAUGAAUCAACAGCAUCUCUAAUGCAAUCUGAUGUCAUGCAGUUUGCAAAAACAAAAACACCUUGGUGGAGUAAAGCGCCGGUUCAAGGAACAGGAAUGCGGGGACUUGCUUCAUACAAGGGAACACUCGUUGGGCUGAAAGAUUUGAUGUAUGGCCGGAAGCCGAAAGAUCUGACACGGGAAGCUAAGAAAGAGUUGCGAGCAAUGAGACAAUUAGCUCAUCCAAAUGUCAAUAACUUCCUUGGAAUUAUUGUAUGCCAAUAUUCAGUUACGGUUGUCAGAGAAUACUGCUCUAAAGGAUCACUUCACGAUAUUUUGAGAAACGAAAAUCUAAAGCUGGAUCACAUGUAUGUUGCCUCAUUCGUAGAUGAUCUUGUGAAAGGAAUGGUGUAUAUUCAUGACUCUGAACUGAAAAUGCAUGGAAAUCUUAAAUCCACCAACUGCCUCAUCACUUCCCGCUGGACACUUCAAAUCGCUGAUUUUGGAUUACGGGAGCUCCGAGAAGGAAUCAUGUACGAUAGUAGUUAUAACAUCUGGGAGAACUUCUUAUGGACAGCACCAGAAGCAAUGACUAUCAACGGGUCACUGGCAAUUUCAAAUCCGCCGACUCCAAAAGCUGAUGCCUACUCAUUCGGUAUUAUAUUCCAUGAGAUUUUUACUCGAGAAGGACCUUAUAAAAUCUAUGUUCAACGUGGAGAUGUCAAUGGAGAGGCUGCUCCUAAGAAGGAUAGUGUCGAGUGUCGAGCAUUGGUUGAAAAAACAGUCCGACGAGUAUACAGUGAUCCAUAUUUCCGUCCGGAUACUUCUGAUCUUGAGGUUCAAAAUUAUGUGAAAGAAGUUAUGGCGGCAUGUUGGCAUCAUGAUCCAUAUCAAAGACCUGAAUUCAAAACAAUCAAGAAUAAAUUGAAACCACUUUUCCAUCAAAUCUAUAAACAGAAUAUAAUGGAUCAUAUGGUAUUAAUGAUGGAGAAAUAUCAAACACAAUUAGAAGAUCUUGUUGACGAAAGAACUAUUGAAUUGAAAGAUGAACAACGGAGAAGUCAACAUUUAUUGCAAAGAAUGCUUCCGAGCUCAGUUGCUGAGCAACUACUUGCUGGACAAGACGUGAUUCCUGAAGCAUUUCCACCGGUUACUAUUUAUUUUUCGGAUAUUGUCGGGUUUACAACGAUCUCUGGAGAAUCGACUCCAAUGGAAGUUGUCACGUUCCUCAACAAGCUUUAUACACUUUUCGAUAGCAUAAUUCGACGAUACGAUGUAUACAAAGUGGAGACAAUUGGUGAUGCCUAUAUGGUUGUAUCAGGAGUCCCACAGUACAAGACAAUGGAAUACCAUGCGGAACAAAUUGCAAUGAUGGCGAUUCACAUACUCUCUGCUGUCAGAUCAUUCUCGAUUCCUCAUCGAUCUUGUGAGCCGCUGAUGAUUCGAAUCGGUAUGCAUACGGGUCCAUGUGUAGCUGGUGUAGUUGGAAAAACAAUGCCAAGAUAUACUUUGUUUGGUGAUACAGUCAAUACAGCAUCAAGAAUGGAAAGUAAUGGAGAAGCAUUGAGAAUUCAUUGCUCGUCCUCAACUCAGAAGGUUUUAACAUCCAUUGAUCAAGGAUUCUUGUUAGAAGAAAGAGGCUCAUUGGCUAUUAAGGGAAAAGGACAAAUGACAACAUACUGGUUGAAUGGAAGAGCUGGUUACGAGUUCACGGAAACGAUCGAAGAUAAGAUGGUUGUACCUGACAUUUUCCCACGUCCAAAUCUCAAGAAUCGAGGAUCCAGUUGGGGAGUCAAUCGCGAGUCUUCUUUGUCGCUUGCAACUGAAAAAAGUAGUCAGAUAAUGAAACGGCAAUCAGCUGCAAUGAAUCGAAAUAAUCAAGAUGUUAUCUACUAUAACCAACCAUUAAAUAGUGGUGGAUUCACUUCUCGCGGAACAUCAAAUCGCGAAAUGCCAAAACUUUACGAAGAAGAUCGCGAAAGUUUACUCAACCAGUCUGCAUCAUUGCUAGGAUCACGAACUUCGGGCAGAAAAAAAAGUACUGCGUCAAAAUACAAUGGUUUUAGUGCGUCUCGAAUGUUUUCAUCUACAAUAUCGAAUGCGUCUUCGUCACGUCCAUCUCGACCUUCUACAUUUGAUCAUGACACCUUGGCACUUCGGAAACGAUCCACAUCACUUCCUGAUGGUGAAAAAUUGAAUCUGGAAUUUAUUGAGACAACAAAUCUUGCAAAUAACUCGGUUCCGGCAAUUCCGAACAAUAUCAGUAGUUUGGAGCCAGUUUUUAGAAAAGCAAGUAUCAUUGAUGGAUACAGUUCCCAAUCGGAAUCACCAUCUCAAAGCCAAUAUCCAUCAUAUCGAGAUUUAACGACAGGACCUCAUCAAAGAAAACGGGGAAUAGCCACCGUUUUUCCGGUACGAAAACGUUCAUUGUCGUGUGGAGAUGCGGUUCCUUUGAAAAUAAAUGAGAACGGAGCAUCAGGAUCAAUAACGACGGCUGUGUCACCAAGAUCUUCGUGUAGAGCAUUGGAUCCCACUAUGAAACUUGCCGCUCGUGCUUCAAGUCCUGAUGAGAUUAUUUUCCAGGAAGACGACGAAGAUGCACUCAUUGAUAACGACUCCUUAUUAACAUCAAAUGGAAAUUCAAAAAGUGAAGAUGUUCUGAGAACAUGUCCCCAACCUAGAAGAAAAAACAAGCACUCAUUCCUCCGAGACCCAUCUCCUCUAGCAAAACGAUUCCGAGACGCGUCGCCAUUUGGAAAGAAAAAACCAUUUUGGAAUUCGAACAAAAGCAACGAACACACGUCUUCGCCAGCAGACUCAAUUUCACGACUUUUCCGACGAUUCCGUGGUGGAAGUGUCAAUGAGUACGCUGAUUUGAAUCAUUAUUGCGACGAUGAGGAUGAGAGUGGUAGAGCAAAUGGUUAUGAGAUGCAGGAGAUGGGGAAAAUGACUGGAAGGCAAAGAGAGCAAAGAAAUGGAUCGAGAACUAACCGUUCGGUCUCGUGCUCUCCGGAUGAAUGUGGAACUCUAACAGACAGUUCGGAUCCUCAUCUCACAAUUCCAUCAUCAUCAAUCGGCGAUUCAUCAGCUUCUACGUCCCUUUCAUGUUCAUAAAAAUUGUUUGUUUUAUAUAUUGUAUCAUCUUUGUUUUUUUCUUGUAUUUUCCCUCUUCUUUUAUUAUAGAAAAAUACGAUCGCUCAAAUUUCUCAUAAUUUAUUUUUGAUCUACCUGUUGAACUUGACUCCGCCCCCAAUCUUGUUGCCGUUGUUAUUUUGUUGUGGCUGUCUGGUCGAAAGAGUCAAGUUCAACAGGUAGAUCAAAAAUAAAUUAUGAGAAAUUUGUGCGAUCGUAUUUUUUCGAUAAUAUCGUUUCAUUUUUUUUUCGUCAUUUCCCAUCUUACCAACGGGUUAAAGUUUUCCGCGUUUUUAAUUAUUAUCCGAAAAUCUGGAAAACUUAACGCUUGAAUACUUAUGGUUACGGUAUGUAGAAUUAUAUUAGUUUCUUAGAAUUAUUACGGGUUAUUCAUGUGAGAAACCGUUAUUACAAGCAGAAAAAUACCAACAAAUGGCCCACAUCAUCAGAUUCAUCCACAUCAUUUCAUGUAUAAUAUAUUACAUUUGUUCUUUAAUAAAUGUUGUAAACUUUGAA